AUGGCYCAGUCAACAAGCGAAAUGUCGCUACAGAUGGUGUCCACCGUCAGUAACUCUGCCUUGCUUCAACCAGGCUUCUCUCUCCUGAAUUUUGAUGGGCAUGUUUUCUUUUUUGGUCAGAAAGGAUGGCCAAAGAGAUCCUGCCCCACUGGUGUUUUCCUCCUCGAUAUAAAGCAGAACGAGCUCAAAAUGAAACCAGCCCUCUUCUCUAAAGAUUCAUGUUACCUUCCCCCUCUCCGUUAUCCUGCUCUUUGCACACUCAGAAGUGAUGCUAGUUCUGAUGAGUACCAGUAUAUCAUCCAUGGUGGUAAAACACCUAACAAUGACCUUUCUGAUAAGAUUUAYUUUAUGAGUCUGGUAAGCAAAACUAGCAAGAAAAUGACAUUCCAAUGCAUUGAGAAAGAACUGUGUGGAGAUGUCCCCGAAGCUAGAUAUGGGCAUACAAUUAAUGUCGUUCAUAGUCGGGGAAAAAGCAUGAGUGUUCUAUUUGGAGGGAGAUCGUAUACUCCUCUUGCACAAAGAACUACYGAAAAAUGGAACAGUGUGGUUGACUGUUUGCCGUCUGUGUUUCUCAUUGAUUUUGAGUUUGGGUGCUGUACAUCAUACAUACUCCCRGAGCUUCAAGAUGGGCUUUCUUUCCACGUUUCAAUUGCCAGAGAUGAUACAAUCUACAUCUUGGGAGGCCAUUCACUUCAAAAUAACACACGGUCCCCCARCUUGUACAAGCUAAAAAUCGAUCUGCCCCUGGGCAGCCCAUCUGUGACCUGCACCAUCCUGCCAGGAGGGAUAUCAGUGUCAAGUGCUAUAGUGACCCAGAUCAGUGACACUGAAUUUGUCCUUGUUGGUGGCUACCACUCUGACAACCAGAAACGRUUGGUGUGUAACACCAUAGUUCUGGAAGACAGUAAGAUAGAGAUUGUUGAAAGUGCGAGCCCAGAGUGGACGCCAGAUAUUAAACACUGCAGAAUGUGGUUUGGCUGUGAUAUGGGUAAAGGGUCUGUAUUGCUGGGCAUUCCAGGGGCCAACAARCAAUUAAUCCCAGAUGCAAACUAUUUCUACAUUUUAAAAUGCAAAGGAGCAGAAGAGGACAAGGAAGAAGAAUUGAUAACACAAAUUUGCAGUCAGACGUCAAGUGAAGACCCUGGAGACUCCACUCCAUUUGAAGACUCAGAGGAGUUUUGUUUUARUGCUGAAGCCAAUAGCUUUGACAUUGAUGAUGCUGACACUUACAAUGAAGAUGAUGAAGAAGAUGAAUCAGAAACAGGCUAUUGGAUCACGUGCUGUGCCAGUUGCAAUGUUGACAUUAACACCUGGGUCCCUUUCUAUUCAACAGAACUCAACAAGCCUGCAAUGAUCCUGUGUUCCAGCGGGGCUGGCCACUGGGUCCAUGCGCAGUGUAUGGAUCUCUCGGAGACCAUGCUUCUGCRUCUCUCAGAAGCAAAUGUCAAGUACUUCUGCAACAAGCAUGUUGACCUUCAUAAAGGGCUACAAACUCCCCAAAAGCAACCAACCCUGAAAAAGCAACCCAUGAAACCAUUGCGCAGAAAGAAAACCAUGAAGCUAUUAACGYCAACGAAAAAGUCUUUUCUUCGGAGACUGUUUGAAUAG